UGGUUUAUUGGAGUGAAAGGGGAAGUACACAGGGCGUCUGGGGAGCACGAGAGCCCAGCAUGUCUCACUUCCUCUGGAGGGGGCCUCCCUGGGUUCAGUCACCACUGCCUAGAAAAUAGGUGACCACAGCCAAGCUACUUUUUCCUCUCUGGGCCUCAGUUUCCACAUGUGUAGAAUAGGGAGAAUCCUAGAGCCAUGUCCAGAAUCGGGGUGAGAAUUCGAACCCUGUGAUCCCACCUGAGAUGUACGCCAACCCCACCUAUCCGUUACCCUACUUCACUGCCAUCCUGGGUGGGAUGUGCCCCUGCAAGAGCAUCACCGUGUCAGGCACUGUCCUGCCCAGCGCUCGGAGGUUCCACAUCAACCUGCGAUCUGGGAGUGACAUCGCCUUCCACCUGAACCCUCGUUUUGACCAAAACACCGUGGUCUGCAACACGCUGAUCAAUGGCUCUUGGGGGCAUGAGCAGUACUCCAUAUCGAAAACAAUGCCCUUCUCCAGAGGCCAGGGCUUCUCGGUGGGGAUCACGUGUGGGGACACCGGCUUCAAGGUGGCAGUGAACGGUCAGCAGCUGUUUGACUACAACCACCGUGUGAUGGACCUGCCUGCCAUCAAUGUCCUGGAAGUGGCAGGUGAUGUGCAGGUGACCCACGUGCAAACAUAGGCGGAAUUCCUGACCCUGGGGACUUGGCCUAGAGCACGUCGCUGUCUGGGUCUGCUCAUCACCUCCACCUUUCCUGUCCCUGCCCCAGCCCUUCCCAGCCCUUCCCAGUCCUUCCCGGUCCACCGAGGAUCUGGAAGAACCAGGUCCCUGUGUGGCCCUGCCUCUGGCUGCAGCCCCCUGAGGUGGAGACGGCAGCUGGAUGGCACUGCCUCCCUCAGCCUGGGCACCACCUGGGGCUCCAGGUGCCCAAUCCAAACAUCUGAGGAAGGGGGUGGUGUGUGCAGGCUGAAGCCCCAUGUUCUGUCCCCUGAGCACAAAGGGAGGGCCGUGGGCCUUCCCAAGCUCCCAGCUGAACCCUUGUCUACCUUGGAUCCCAUGUCCCAGCCUCCUUUCAAGUCCACCUCAGGCUCAACCCACCAGCUGGUCACUCACACGGGAGGUGGUCUCCUUAGCUCCUCCUCUUUCUCCAACCUUAACCUUUCCUUGUAUCAUCACCAACCCUCCCUCUCCAGGAAAGUGACCCUGAUUGACACCUGCUUGUCUCCACCAACAGACAGGACCCUCUUCAGCUGGAGGCCCCCCUUUUCCAUUGUCCUUCAAAUAAAGUGAGAAAGAAAUACCCCUGGUGCCCACGUA